CUUCACCAAACCACCUACCUUACCUACCUACCCGUCCCCAUAGCCACCUGGAAACGCCUACAAAGAUACCGACUUAAUCUGCUCAUUUUAGGUCCUCCCCUCCAUUGUGCGCAAGCAUAUAUUGAGUGAUUGUUUGUUGAUGGCGGAUGGUCUUGGUCGAACAGCCAACCGGGCUUCAUCGCGCAUACGAGCCUCACUAUACGCGGCGCGUGCCAACAGUCAACACUUGUAUCUGAAUUGAUACACUCGUCCAGUCUACCUCCUGCGGACCUCCACGACUGCCAUCACCACCAUGAAUCUAUCCCAACUAGAGUCCGCGCGCGCGCUAGCUCUUGGAGAAGGAAAAUACUACAAUACCAUCCUCCCUGGCGUGCUUCCUAUAAUAACCUCCGCUGUCACAAAUUCCGAUCUUGAAAUUCAACGAUGGGGUGCCGAUUUCCUAGCAGAGGCCUUCGCAGCCCCUACUUGGUCAUCGCACGACAAGGAAAGCGUCAGCCUGUCUGUACUCCCCAUCCUGAAGGACCUGCUAGAGGUGAAGGAUACGGGAGUGAUUAAGAGCUCAAUCCAGGCAUCAGCGAGCAUAUAUCCACUGGUCUAUCGGCAUAUUAUAUUCCAUCCCAACGAUACGCAGCAUUGGCAGAUCAUGCUCGCAGUGAAGUCCAACAUUCUGCGUCGAAUGGAUUCAGCGCCUCCCGGCGUACGCAUCUGUUGCGUCAAAUUCGUCCAACAGAUCAUUCUUGCUCAGACACCAGGAAUGGUCGCGGACCCCAGACGCCCUGAACAGAAUGAUAUAUCUCUUGCUCUUGUCCCACGCGAUCAUGCACUCAUCCCGUACGCAAACCUAGAGGCUGAAGCGUCCGGACUUCUAGACAGACUUCUAGACAUUAUACACGGCGAUCACAGUGAUGCUCUACUUGUUACUGCGACCCUCAAUAGUUUGGGGAUGCUUAUACAACGUCGCCCUGUUGUUGCGAACAAAGUUUUGGCCAGUGUCCUCAACUUCAACCCCCUCAAACUUGCGAAUUCACCGAUGACGCCGAGGAAUAAAGUCGUAAUGCGAUCAAUGGAGCGGACAACGCGCGCUUUGCUAAUAAACGUGAUCAAAAGAAACCCAGAGGGUGCUUUCAAUGGCCGAAUACAACAGUAUCUAGAGCGAAUGCAUCGAAUGCGCCUCGAUGUUUUUGAUGAGGCCAAUCGCAAGAGACCUGCUCCAGCUGAGCCAACAGAUGGAUUGGAUCCGGCCAAGAGGCAACGGGUGGGCGCAAAUGCUUCCAUCACGCCAGCCUCGAUACCUCGUCUGCCGCCCGGUCCCGUCAGUUACCGCCAGCUAUACACAAUAGAUGCAGACAGCAACACAGCAAAUUUUGAUGUACAAGCCUUCAAGGAUCCAGAACAGUUGUUGAAAAUUGUGCUUCUUGUCCUUCGAUCAAUUGACGAAACGAAGUUGGGUAAUGCCAUCAAUAUUGUCCGUUCACGCUAUCUCGAUCUUAGCAAAGACUCCAUUCGUACCGCACUGCCUGUCCAGCCAACCUACCCAGUAUCGGUCGAUGAUGAGGAGGAAUACGAGCCUGAUUUCGAACCUGAUUUCGAACCUGAAGAUGCGGAACAGCUCACCAAUCGUUUGGAUGGUGCCCCUCCAGAAAAUAUUGUUAGAGAUCGUGUCCCGGAAGCAUCACUGGCGCCCUACAGGCUCCCCGAAGCGCCACCCCUUACUAGAGAAGAAGCAUACAAUUAUGGCGACAUGACGGUACGGCGAUUAUUGGGACUCAUAUCCGCUACCGAAGAAGUAGCUUCCAAGGCGAAGGGGACGAAGAACGGCUUCAAUCGCCUUGCAGCGAAUACUUACGACCGCGACGCUUGGGUCACAAUUCUAUCUCGUCUUGCCACACGAGCACGGGGUGGUCUUUUGGAUGCAAAUCAACUUAUCAAAUCCGAAUAUCAUGAUGCGAAAAAGGGGCGUCAAUCGCUCAGUGAUACAAUUCGAGAAGCCAUUUACACUUACAUCAUGUAUGAUUGGCGGAAACGCAUCGAUGUUGCUGUCAACUGGUUGACUGAGGAAUGGUAUAACGAUCGCAUUCAGGCCGACGCUACGCGGCUCGAUGCCAGGGAAUCAGUUAACGGCACUACGGUCGACGAGUUGAACCCCAACAGCCACUAUAAACGGUGCGUUUUGCGGGUACUGGAUGGCAUAGUCCCUUUUGUUGAGGGGAGUGAUAAAGGCCUUUUACGACUUAUGUCAGAGAUUCCGGAGCUGGACAAAGAAAUACUACAGCGAAUGAAGAAGAUGGCAGAAGAUCCCGAACGCAUUGAUCUUUCAAUCAUGGUCCUGCAGUACAUCUACAUGUUCAAACCGCCAGCGAGAAAAAUAUGCAUACAGGUCCUGGAGGAGAUGUGGUAUACCAAUGAUCGAGCCAAGCCAAAGGCGAAGAAACUACUUGUGAAAUGGAAACCCGAAGUAUUGGAAACUAGGGACGACGUCAAAAUGGAACAUACUAGCUCGAAUGGAAAUAUGGAAGCACAGUCAGUGUGAAUUGACUAUCGGCCGGGCGUUGGCAUCGAUAGCUGUGUUCUGCCAGGUGCAGAAUGCCAUGCCGUAUUUGUUAUUGCAUUGUGUAGAUUUAGCUCAUUAGGUUCAUGGGUGCUCACAGAAGCUUGAGUUUCUAGCUUGCGGUCACUAACCCAAUACAUUUGGUACUCGUAGUAUUCAAUAAGAAUACAUGUACAAAGGGCUGCAACCCUCUGUACUCUGCGAACGGGGGAAGCUGGGCAAACCCCCCAUUAAACGCAUAAUCAAUUCCUAUCGACUCAUGCCACUUCCAACACGAAUGUCUAAAAGGCAGAUCAUUCCGACACGGAGAAUCCCAUCAAGUUCUUUCUCACUUGUGA